ACGGAGACCGAAUACACUGUUUAUACCCGUGAAUAGACGAGCAGUUGUACGUUGUUUUCAUUCACGAUUCGAUUGAUUUAAUCUAAAUCAGCGAUUAGUGAGUGCGUUUUCCCGCAAAGUAUUGGUGGUGUUUGACGACUGCUUGUGCCAGAGUUUUAAAUCGUGUUGUUUGGGUGAAACAGCACACCAGACCGAAAGAGGAGCCGGGAACAUUGGCCAUAGAUCGAACCUGUUCUGCUGCACGGAACAACAACAACAAACGCUGUAUACCACUUCCCCCAAUACAUUGAAACUAAAAUGUAGUAGUGGGUAGUUAUUCUUGCUUCGCAGUUCAUUCAUAAUCAACGUUGAACGUACAUGUGAAAAUCGCAGCGAUUUUAUGUGAAAUAACAGUCCGAAUACCGUUGUGUGGGGAAUUUCAUGCCCGCCAUGUCAUCUCCACAAAUAGAGCGAGCGAAGACGGCACAUAGGGAAGAAGAGCAGCAUGACAUACAACAGCAACAUGAUACGAUGGUUACGGAGAAGGACAUCAAAUUGCAGGGAUAUCUGAAAAAAUUGAAGACUAUGAAGAAAAAGUACUUCGUUCUCCGAGCCCAGACAAAAUCAGGUCCAGCAAGGUUGGAGUACUACGACAGCGAGAAGAAAUUCCGGGCCAAUGCUGCACCAAAACGAAGUGUUGUGAUCAGUACGUGUUUUAACAUAAACCGAAAAACCGACUCAAAACACAAGUAUGCAUUGGCACUUUAUACAAGGGAUGACUGCUUCACAAUUUUAAUGGAAACCUCUGAAGAGCUUGAAGAAUGGUUAAUGGAAAUGUUCAAGUUACAACAGUCAGGGUCUAAAGAAGGCCUACCUCUCCAACCUGCUUUUGAACACGUUUGGCAGGUGACGUUAAAACCACGUGGUCUCGGAAACAGUAAAAGUCUAACCGGUUCUUACCGACUUUGUCUUACAUCUACAACUGUUAAUUUAGUGAAGAUGAAUGUAGAAAAUGAAGAUAGAGUUUUCCCGCUCAGUAGUAUACGAAGAUGUGGGCACUCAGAUUGUUUCUUUUUCAUGGAAGUCGGUCGUUCAACUGUUACAGGAGCUGGUGAACUCUGGAUGCAAGUGGAAGACACAGUGAUUGCUCAAAACAUGCAUGAAUCCAUUCUUAGUGCCAUGAAAAAUAUGAGUCAUCUUGAUGACGAUAUGCGCCCUCGUAGUCGUAGUACAGGGGCCUCAACUCCAGAUGUCACAAAACCUAUUACUGUACCACGUAGGCCAGGCACACCAGGAAGUAUGGCUUCUCUGAACCGAAGUCGAACACGCUGCGAUAGUAUGCCAGCACAUUCCAGAACACUUGGACCGGGUGGUAAAAUGGAUGACUCAAAAGGGGACCGCAGCCCAGGAAGUAUUUUCAAACUUGGAGGUAGAUUUCGACCACGGACUAGCAGCGAAGGUGACAAACAUUAUCGCAGUAAUCGUCCAGACAGCCCUAGUAAAACAAGAUCUCGAACAAUUGGAAGCCAAGGACGCAGUAACCUGGGAAGUAGUAGACUCCGGCCGUACACUCCCAUAUCACGGUCUGUAUCUCAGCCAAUGUCAAACUCUCCACCCGUUUCUAACAGCCCUUUAAGUGAAAGUCCACAGCAGAGCUCCAGUUUUCCAGACGAGCAUUUCUUCCGUCAUCUUAGCAAUGCUACAGUCAUAUCUCCAGAUGGUAGCCGGACACCGGAAGAAUAUGGUUCCAGUCCCGUUGACCAGCAUUAUCACAGAUAUGGUAGAGUUUCAACCCCAGAUUCACCGAGUAGGACGCCAAUACGCGAAGAAAGCGUAGAAUCAGGUGAUGAUUACAUGCCAAUGUCACCAUCAGCCGUUUCCCAAGGCCAAGCAAUUCCCAAAGUGGCGGCAUCUAAGGAUGGGUACAUGUCAAUGGACCCCCGAACAAAAUCAAUUUCCACUCCAGAAUCUUACGUCAAUAUCUCUCCUGGCAAUAGUACACCAUUGACAGGUGAUAUUGACAUUGCAUACAUGUCAAUGAGUCCACCCGUCACAGCGACAUCCUACAUUAAAGAAUGUUCAACGAAUCAGGAGAGUGGAUCUAAAACCGAGCCUUCCAAUGUAAAAUUGGCCACUCACGAUGAAGGUUACAUGGACAUGGCGCCUGUCGGGGAUGCCAUGCCAAAAAUAGAGCCUUUACAGAUUAAGACAGUAACACCAACUCUAACUCCAAUAGACUCUUACAUGGGUUUUACUCCGGGAAGCAUUGGCAAUGAUACCCAUAAUGCACCAGUCACCCAGUCACCUUCUUACACUAAUGUUGACAUCAAGCCAAAAGUAGUUUAUGCGACGGGCGCAUCUUUGAAAACGCCCAAACAAUUGCCAACACUUGAUACUUAUAUGCCGAUGAGUUACGAAUCACAGAGUGUGGAAAAACAAGUGGAGGAAAGUGCCAACCAACAAACAAUGACAGGGAAGCAUGACUAUAUAAAUAUUGACUUGAGUAAAAAAAAACAGAAUUUAGGUGAUUAUGCUGAAAUGGACAUAGGUCAGGGUCAUAGUUCACAAAAAACAGGCCUCAAGUCAUCACGACCUCAAAGACUACCUCUUCCAGCAGACAGACUUGAGAAAGUUGAAUUAGGAGCACGAAAAUCUCCAAAACUUUCCCCAAGUCUGUCACCUAGGCAACCAAAAGAUUUCAAGAAAAUGUCACACCACCCACCUGAGUACAUAAACAUUGAAAUAGGAACCAAGGACAAGAUGCGCAAAGAUUUGGAGAGUAAGAAUAGAGCAGAAAGGACAAUAAAAAUGUCUGUUCCUCGUCCAAAGGAUAUUCCUCAUCCAGCGGUAACUUCCACACAUUUUCAGUCUACGGCCACAUCGUCAGACAAUUAUUUGAAUGUGGAGGUGCCUAACACAUCGUCAGGCAGUCCAGGUAAACAAAACACCUCUCCACAACCACAGGCAGCUGUCUUAAACUACAUAUCACUUGAUCUAGGACCAAGCGAGGAUGUAGAAGAGAAUGGGCAAAAUCCUUCGCCACAUUCACCACGCUCGCCACUUCGACGCACUUCAGAGAGUGACGACAAAACAGAAAGUGCCUAUGCUAGUAUAGAUUUCACAAAAUCGGAAGUCUUAAAAAAUAUUUCUACCAGUCUACGUGAGACAAGAUUUUGA